AUGAAAACAGAAGCAAAUCGAAGAGAUCCUGACAAAUAUUGUCAAUACUACCACACUCACGGCCACGAUACCAAUGACUGCUACCAACUGAUUAAUGAAAUCAAAAGACUGAUAAAGAGGGGCCACCUCCAAAACUUUGUAAAGAAACCUGAAGGAGAAAGACCCCAACAAAUCCCUGCAGCAGAAGGGCCUCGAAGGCUGGGGGCAGGACCAGUUAAUGAUGGUUCUAGCGGAACCAUCAACAUGAUUGUUGGAGGAACUGGAGGUCGGAUGAGCAAGAGGGGGAAGAAGAGAGAUCGUGACAGGGAGGGGAGUAGCAGUGAAGUGAUGCAAGUGGUGGAGCACUCCCCUGCAGUCAUCUCUUUCUCCUCUAAAGACGCCUAUGAAAUUCAGAGGCCUCACGAUGAUGCCCUAGUCAUCGAAGCUGUUAUUUAUAACUAUCGAGUCAAGAAGAUCCUGAUCGACGAUGGAAGCAAGGUGAACUUAUUGCCAUACAGGGUCUUCCAGCAGCUGAGAAUCCCCGAAGAUCAACUGGUACGAGAUCAAGCCCCAGUAAAAGGAAUCAGAGGAGCCCCAGUAGUUGUGGAGGGGAAAGUAAAGGUGGCACUGACUCUAGGAGAACCGCCUCAGUCCUGA